CUGCCUGGUUUAAAUAGCCAGACACCUGCUGAGCAAGCCUGUGAAUGGCUGUGCAGGCUUCCUCACUCGGGCUCGGCAGGGCUGGAGCACAAAGACCGCGAUUGUUACCCAGUAAGCCUGAGUCACAUCCUUCUACCAAUCGCCUUAGGAGGGCUGGUUACCAUGGAAUCCACCAUCUGUUCACUCCCCGCUGCCGGAAUGUGAUUAUCCUUGCUGGGCUGAGAAUGUGGGGUUAGCAAAGCAGCCUGUGUAGUGUGAGAUUAUCUGCAGUGCACUGGGCAUUGGGAGACUCUGGCUGGCUUCACCGGAAGAACAAAUGAGGGCAGUUGUGCUCCAGCCAUUUGUGACUUGUAACCACAAGGAAAUAAAUCAGCUCUCCUAGGGUAAGUAGCCUGGCGCUGCAUUUCCAGCUUGUACGGCAUUUGGUGUGAAUAUCAUCUCUCUGUGGUCAAGGAAAGGAAGCCCUAAGCUCUUCGGCAUCAAUACCUGUCCGAAGGUCAGUCCACCUCGUACGACAAGCAACACAACCACAGAGGCUCAGGGAAUAAAUGGGAGGACACCAGCAAAACGCUCAGCUGCAAGUCCAAAGCCACAAGUGCCUCCAAAGCCAUUACACCUGCAGAAUUUAUCUUCAUCCCAUACACCCCAAGUCCCCAGGCAUAAAGCUUUACCGAGUGCAAAACCAAGGAUGGAGGAAGCUAAUCCAGCCCCUACGUCCUGUGCCUCAAAAGGGAAACCUAGUAAGGUGUCAGACCUCAUCAGUCACUUUGAAGGAGGCAGUGUUUUGUCAAGUUACAUCAAUUUGCAAAAAGAUUCUACAGUGAACCUAAAUAUUCCUCAAACUCCGGGACAGCAUGGAUUGACCUCCACACCUCCACGGAAAUUCCUAACCCAGCACUCUCCACAGAAGCAGGAAAACGAUACAGAUCAGACUCAGGGCCAGCACAGUGGUUUGGCCAAUGGUGUGGUGGCUGCACAAAGCCGGACCGAACGUGAGGGUGGGAAAGAGGCGGCGAGGAGCCCAGAGGCUGCUGUCCAAACUGCUGAGGCCUCUCCUGACACACACUUGGUGAAUGGAGAAGGAAAUGAAGCCGCCACAGAUUCUGUAUCAUCUAUAACCAAUAGCCAUGAUGAAGAUGCCUCUGACAGCAGCCGCCGGACUCCGGGUGCUGACUUAGGGCUGCCCUCCAAAGGAGGAGGGUCAGGGAUGGAAGCUGAGCUACCAGAGAAGGAGAAUGGCGUGAACACCACGGAACUGGAUAAGCUGGACCAGCACCAUGAAAUGAAGGAGACUAAUGAGCAGAAACUUCACAAAAUAGCCAGUGAGCUUUUGCUUACAGAAAGAGCGUACGUCAGCCGGCUCAACCUUUUAGAUCAGGUAUUUUAUUGCAAACUGUUAGAAGAAGCGAACCGAGGCUCAUUUCCUGCAGAGAUGGUGAAUAAAAUCUUUUCUAACAUUUCAUCAAUAAAUGCCUUCCACAGUAAAUUCCUGUUGCCGGAGCUGGAGAAGCGGAUGCAAGAAUGGGAAACUACUCCCAGAAUUGGAGAUAUCCUGCAAAAGUUGGCUCCGUUCCUGAAGAUGUACGGAGAGUAUGUAAAAGGCUUUGAUAAUGCGGUAGAACUGGUUAAGAACAUGACAGAGCGCGUUCCCCAGUUCAAGGCAGUGACGGAGGAGAUUCAGAGGCAGAAGAUCUGUGGAAGCUUGACCCUGCAGCACCACAUGCUGGAGCCUAUUCAGCGGAUCCCUCGCUACGAGAUGCUCCUUAAGGACUACCUGAAGAAGCUGUCCCCUGAGUCCCCAGACUGGAAUGAUGCGAAAAAGUCACUUGAAAUUAUAUCUACAGCAGCAAGCCAUUCUAAUAGUGCAAUAAGGAAAAUGGAGAACCUGAAGAAACUCUUAGAGAUUUAUGAGAUGUUGGGAGAAGAAGAAGACAUUGUAAAUCCCUCAAAUGAACUCAUAAAGGAAGGCCAAAUCCUCAAACUAGCAGCUCGGAACACAUCAGCACAGGAGCGCUACCUCUUCUUAUUCAACAACAUGUUGCUGUAUUGUGUGCCCAGAUUCAGCUUGGUGGGCUCCAAAUUCACAGUUCGAACCAGAGUCGGCAUUGACGGGAUGAAAGUGGUGGAGACUCACAAUGAAGAAUACCCACACACUUUCCAGGUGUCUGGGAAAGAAAGAACGCUGGAGCUGCAGGCCAGCUCUGAACAAGAUAAAGAAGAAUGGAUCAAGGCCCUUCAAGAGAGUAUCGAUGCUUUUCAUCAAAGGCAUGAAACCUUCAGAAAUGCAAUUGCAAAGGACAAUGACAUCCACCUAGAAGUAUCUACUGCUGAGCUAGGAAAGAGGGCCCCGAGAUGGAUACGUGACAACGAAGUGACGAUGUGUAUGAAGUGCAAAGAGCCCUUCAAUGCCCUGACAAGAAGGCGCCAUCACUGCCGGGCAUGCGGACAUGUGGUUUGCUGGAAAUGUUCUGACUACAAAGCCCAGCUUGAGUACGACGGUGGGAGAUUGAACAAAGUCUGUAAAGACUGCUACCAAAUAAUAAGUGGAUUCACAGACAGUGAAGAGAAGAAAAGAAAGGGGAUUCUGGAGAUUGAAUCAGCUGAAGUAUCAGGAAAUAGUGAAGUGUGCAGUUUUCUCCAAUACACGGAGAAGUCAAAACCUUGGCAGAAAAUAUGGUGUGUGAUCCCCAAGCAAGACCCCCUAGUGCUGUACAUGUAUGGCGCUCCUCAGGACGUCAGGGCGCAGGCCACCAUACCACUCCUGGGCUACAUUGUGGACGACAUGCCAAAGAGCGCAGAUCUGCCACACAGUUUCAAACUGACCCAGUCCAAGUCUGUGCACAGCUUUGCUGCAGACAACGAGGAACUGAAGCAGAAAUGGCUGAAAGUCAUCCUUCUAGCUGUCACAGGGGAGACACCAGACGGCCCAAGUGAGCAUCUAGACACCUCGAACAACCUCCCAGGACCCAAGAAAAAGCCAGAAUGCUGAACUCCAGCAGCUGCCAGUGUGGAGUCUCAAGUAAGACAAAUAGCUCAAGACACCCCAACUCUCCGUCCUUGUCUCUUAGCACUUUACAUUGAAAACUGUGGUUUCAUAAAUACAUCUUUUGGGGACUUUUUAAAUAUGUUUGUAUACUCUUAAUAAAAUCAAUGUGCAGGGCCAUUCUUCUGUUGAAGUUCUGAAAUAAUGUGGAAAGUGGAACAUUUUUGAUAAGCUAUUCCUUAAUUAUGUAUGUUAGCCUUGAGGGGGUGGGGAACCGAUGUCAGUUGACUGUGUCACUACCUGGUUAUAGUGGGCCUUUCGUUUAAGAGACCCUUCAAUGUCUUGUUCACAUGUAGGACUUGUAACAGUGGGAAGGAUAUACCUCCAUGUAACCAAAAUAGAUCUAUGGUAAAAAGUACAGGGACAGUUUAGAGUAUCGUGUGAACAUGUCUAGUUUGUAAGUCUCAUGCUACAGAAAUCGUUUCUGUUCUUAUACAACACAAAAAAGAUAGGUUGCUAAUGUUCCCACUUUUUUGACUUAAGAUAAUACUUGUUUUUUGUAGAAUUACUCCUAAUAGUAAAAUAUCUAAAAUAUAAAUCAAUUAUUUACUUGUAUAGAGUAUUGAAAAUAAGUAUGAACAUGUGAGCUCUUCUCUUCAGCUUUAGUUUUGUUCUUGCUCUGGCUCAUUUUUUUUAAGUGUAAAACCUAUAUUAUCUCUGAACUCAGCGCUGUUCUAAACUUAAGAAGAAAAUUUUGGUGAUUUAUGUUGAACUGAUUGGAAUCCAAAUGUACUGAUAUUUUUAUAGUAAAGUAGCAGUAAUUUAUGUGGUGUAGGAUAGAGUCUGAAUUCCAACAGUAUUUUUAGAGUACUAUUUUUUUUUGUUCUGUAUCUAUUUAAAACAGUGCCUCUCUUAGAAGGUGCUAUUAAUACUUAUUUAGAUAAAAGAUGGGGGUUUAGUUAAUGUUAACUAAACAUUAUUAUUUUACCUACUCUGACUAUUCUCAACUUAAGUGCACUUUGGUCACUGAGAUAAAAAAUUGUAUGGAUUAUUUUACUUUUUACAAUAAUUGUCUUAGUAAUUUAAUGUCAUCAUGUACAAAACCUUUUACUAAAACUUGAACUAUAUAAGACAUGUAACCAUAUACAGACCUGAGAUAUAUGGAAAACAUGUUUAAUGUUUUCCUCUCUAGAAGAAUAUCAUGAGUGGAAAUGAGGACUACAUAGAAUGAACACCUAAGACUGCUGUGGGAGCCUUCCUUUUGUCAGUUACAGAACACAGUUCAUACGUGUGCCAGCUCACAUGGGAGAAGGCAUCAUUAGAUAGUGAGUAUAGAAAAAUCCUGCUGACUCAUGCGCUAGAAGAGAGAGCGGAAGUAGUAUUGCAGAGUCAACAAUGCAGGUUUCCAGGAGGUGCAAAGCAUUGGAGAAUGUAGAGUUAUUCUCUCUUUUUAUCCCGCAUGGAAUCUCAGAUGAACUAUGGCUGUCUGUUAUAAAGUCUGCUCCCCAUUAGUUUGUGACUGAAAUCGCACACUGAGUUGCCUAUUUAACUUUUAAUACCUUUCUCAUAGUAGAGGUUUUCUCUCACUUUUUCAUACUCCAAACAUUAACUCUUUUACUGUACCGUUUCCUAGGAAUCCACAAGAAUGUCUUCACUACACAUGUCUUUAAGGGCUACACUUGAGACCACCACACAUUUCAACAGCUCAUGCUGCAUAAGAAAUGUCUCUUGUUUUUUCCUACUCCAAAGGAGCAAGGGAACCAGUUAGGUUCCCUUCAUCCAUGAAAUACCAGACCUAGUUAUUAACAUUAAAUCAUCUACUCAGAGCCACCAAUGGGAGAAACAAAAAGCCAACUUCUUAUUUGCUACUAAAUGAGGCCCAAAUAAGAAGAAAUUGUUCAUUGUUUCUCUUUUCUGGUUGUCAACAUUGGUGCUGCGUUUGGAUAGGAGAAAAAGAGGCAGGUGUGCAGGGUACCCUUGGCAAAAUGAAACAAUAACUAGACCUGUGUCUUUACUUUUCAUAGCUCAAGAAAAGAGAAGCAGUGAAAUUGUAGAAUGACUAUCAAAAUAAAGAUUACUUUUGUAAAUAUGAAUAGAAUAAUGAAUGGGAUAUCCCACUUAGAAGAUUUAUGUCAGAUUACUUAAAUAUAUUUGAUCAGCAAGAAGACUACUUGCUUGCCUACCAGAAAAUUCUUGUAUAGAAGUAAUGUGGAUAGAUACUCAGUAUUGCUUAACUUAGAUUAUUGAAAGAAUACUCAUUAAAAAAAAGAUGUCAGCAUGCUCUUAUUGUUCAUUAAAUAAGGAAUGUUAGUUCCAGAAGAGCGGCUGUGGCCAUUUCAGUAGCUUCCUUUACUGCUCUGCCCAUACAUACUCUUAGCCAAGCACAGUGAGCAGCUGUCCCAUGUCGCUCUCAAGAGAAUUGCUAAUAAUUUCAGUAGGCGAAGAAAAGUGAGAGAGUAAUAUCAGUUAUGUCUUAAAACUGCAACUCUGGGGCUAAGGAGGCUUCUAUUCAAAAAUGAGAAACAGAAUUCAGUCAGCUCUCCAGAACCCACACGAAGGCCAGGUGAGCAUGGCCCAGCACAGCAGGGGCAGGGGCAGGAAACCCUGGUGGAAGUUCUCUAGCCAGAAGAGCAAAAGCAGGGAGUAUAAGGACAGCACAUAACCUUGCCUCAGUGAGGUAGAGAGGUGCCAUGACAUGACGUGAAACUCAGCUCUCUACACAUCUGCACAACUACCUAAGUAUAUGUGAACACAUGCAUGGGUAACGUGCAUGUAUAUACGUAUAUUUUAAAAAUUGAUUCAAGCCGGGCGGUGGUGGCGCACACCUUUAAUCCCAGCACUCGGGAGGCAGAGGCAGGCGGAUCUCUGUGAGUUCGAGACCAGCCUGGUCUACAAGAGCUAGUUCCAGGACAGGCUCCAAAGCCACAGAGAAACCCUGUCUCGAAAAACCAAAAAAAAAAAAAAUUGAUUCAAAAAAGCUGUAAUUUGAGAGGUUAUUAGAAUAAUUAAUUCUUUUUCUGAGAUAGCUGAGGUUUCAUGAUGAACUGAACCUGAAAAUAUCCGUUGCUCUCCUAUUCAAAUAAAUGUUCUGCAUGGUUCUUGGUUCGUUGUUUCCGCUAAUUCAGUGCUUUCAAAAGUCGUCUUCAAGGAAAGUGUCCUUCUUUCAAACUUAAGAAAAUAUUUAUUUGGUUAAAAACUGUUAUUCAUGCAAGGCAUUUGACCCUUUCAACUGAAAUGUUGCUUUUGUUGAAAGUCUACCAUCUGGGAAAUGUGAGGUGUGGUGCAUGCUUUUAUCUUGUGUUUUAAAUGGAGUCCAAUAAUGACAAAUGCCACUAGCCAGUUUUGUGGUAAUGCCAAGCAAUAAGACUCUCCAGGUACGAGUAUAAGGCCCUAAGAGAAUCAACUUCCUAGGAGUGGUGUGGUAAUUGAAAUUGUUGAGCACAGGAAAAGAGAGGAAUGGAGGACGUUGUUCCAUGGUUUCAGAUUCUGUCAACUCUGUUUGAUUUUUGCAAACGAUACAAAUAGUGAAGCAGUUACAUUCUUCUGAUCUGUUUUAUCAGCUGUGUUGUGUUCUCUGUGAGUUGAAUUCAACACAAAGGCUGCCAUACUAUCUUCCUUGGGUGACCGACACCAGCUAUUUUUAGUUAUAAGAAUUAACCUUGUAAAUGUUUCCUGUAGAAUUUUCUAACAGUCUUUGUUGCAGUCACAACUGUUUAAAAAAAAAAAACUGCCAAUUCCAUGGUACUUCAGGGUUAUUGAAGAGCCACCGAUGCCUUCUAGAAACCUUCUUCCAAAAAUACUUCUGGAGUUCAUGAUUCCAUUUUUCUUUCUCCUCCUUGUUGAGAUAGAAGUGGCUUCUGUCCUUCGAUUAUUUUCAGAUAUUAUUUGUUUAUCUCUAAAGCCUUAAGUUACUCAGAGCAUUUUGUCUGCAAUGUGUUGCUAAUCAUGAGCUCCCUGCAGUGUGUUCCUAUCACGAAUGAGCAUGAAUGAGAACAAGAAAGUGGCUGGGAAGCACAGGGCUUAUUUUAGCAGUUAUCUCUGCUGCUAUACAGAGUAGCAAGUAACUUUACUUUCCGACAUCACAUGAUGUUCAUGUUAAUAGAUCUAAGAUAAGCACAUGGUAUUUAUAAUUCAAAAUUUGACAAACAGGGAGUAUCUUAGUGUUGUGUUCUUCAAGAGUGUAUGAAUACAAGAACAGUGGCUAAAGAGUUCCUCUUGUUGGGAUUAUGUUGAUAUCUGUAGCGGAUCCUGUAGCGUCUUCAUUCUUCAUUUCACUAGAAUCAAAUUACUUUUUAUUUUAAUAUAACUAUCAAACUAUAGCUUCCCUAGAUUUAAAAAAAAAGAGAGAGUAUUAGACCACUAGAUCCUAUCUAAAAACCCCAUCUGUGACUUUAUAUGUGUAUGUAUAAAUGUAAAAGUUAUUACUCUUCAAUUCUCACCAAAGGAACAAAAUGUUAAUUGAAGUAUGUUAACAAAAAGUAUUCCCAUGUAUUUAAUGUUACAAUCCAUCUUCACUCAUGCCCCUCAACCUUGCUAAGUUAAGGGUGAGACAAUGUUGCUUUUGUUCCAUUGUUAAAAUAGAGAGGAAUGAUGUUAGCAGUGGAAACAACAAGGAAUGAAUGGAUAUGGGUAAAUGGCCUACUGGUCUCCAGGGAAGAGCAGCAUAUAAAAACACUAAACUGUACAGGGGAAAUCGAGUAGAAGAUAUCCAUGUCCUUGUUUGUUGAUGAAAUCCUUGGACCGAGGCUAUACCCUUAGCCUCUAAAUUAUAGAUGACACUAUCUUAUUAUUACUUUAUUAUUCCUUAAGCUUUUAAAAGAUAAUUUUAUUCUAUAAAUGAUUUUCUGCUGGCUUUGAUUCUAAAUUCAACUUUCUAAGCUAAGGGCACGGCCAAAUGCUGUGUCUUUUCUAUAUUUCAAGAUAAAAUAACACAUGGCUUCUAUAAGACAGUUAAUUUGUUGGGGGGGCAUCACUGAAAGUUACAUAAAGGUUAUCUUUUCUCCUAGAUUUCAUUUUAGUCAAUUGAAUAAAAUAUUAAGUUAUAUGUUAAUAUAUUUUAAUAGGUGAAUACUAAAUACAAAGUAAAGACAAGUUUGGGAACAAACAGACCGUAGAGCCCAUUGUGAUGACAGAUUGUAUUGUAUAUUAUGGUGUAUGAGGACUCAAAUAUAUCAUAGAUACCAUUCAUAUAUAAAACCAAACUGGUAUUUCAUUUUUUAAGAGAUAACUGUUAUUUAAAAAGUAAGUAUUAUCUUGAUUUUUCUUUUGACUUGUUGACUGAGUUUGAUAAGGCAUAUCAGAAUAUUAUAGUUGACUCUAAUGUGAAAAAAUAAACACCCAAUUUUCCAGUGGUAUGAAUGUAAAAUACUUGGACAUAAUGUAUAUAUAGUGUAACAUCUGUAUAUUUAAUCAUAAAGGCAGAUAAUCAAAAACAUUGUAAAAUUAAGUCCUUCAAUUCUUGUUAAAUAUGAAACAUUUGUAUCUUGUAAAUAAAGAUAUCCUUAAAUUGGUU